UUUUUUUUUGAUUCUAUAGCUCAAGAAUGAAACCACUGCUGCACCAUUCAUCUUCCAUUAUUAUUUUCUUUUUCUCGUUAGCAGUUUUGAUGAUCUCAAUCACCAAAAUUCCAACAUGUCUUUGUGACAACAAUAAUAUCCAACACACUAACUGCAACAACGCUUUUACCUGCGAAAGUAGCAGCAUCUCAAACCUCAAGUAUCCGUACUGGGGAGGAAACAGAGAAAAGUAUUGUGGUGUUUCUGGUGAUCCUAAGAUGGAGCUCGUAUGCGAAGGAAGUGUCCCUAAGAUAACAAUUAAUUUGGUCAAAUACCGUAUUCUUGAAUGGGACAAUACAACACAGAGACUCAGAGUUGCCAGAGACGAUUACUGGAGUGGUAUUUGUGCUGUAAAUGUGCGUGACAAUAUUAUGAAUGUGGGUGAAAAUCCUAAAAACAGCACAUUCGGUAACACUCUGUUUCAACGUGAUGGUUCUUCUCAAGUAACUCUGUUAUACGGUUGCGUUGAGAAUCAACAGAGUAUGGUUUAUGGUAUUACAUGUGGUGAAUAUACUGAUGUUUUGUACACUGUUGCGGAUGCAGAUUCAGCUUUACCAUGUGUUUCGAGUUUUAUUAUUGUGAUUCCGAUUUUAGGAACCCAAGCUGCGCAUGUUGUAAAUAGUAAUGGUCUUAACCAAGCAUUAAAAAACGGUUUUGAGUUGAGAUGGACAGGCAAUUAUGGAGAGUGUCAGAGGUGCAUUGAUUCUGGUGGUGUUUGUGGGAAUGAUGGAGGAACUCAAUUCAGAUGUUUCUGUAAGGAUGGGUCGAAUACAACUUCAUGCAAUUCAGAAAAGGCCACAACCUCAAGGUCAAAACGGAACAGGAGGUUUAUUGUGAUUGGCGCGUCAGUUGCUGGAUUUGGAGUAACAAUGUUUUUUAUUAUUAUGAUUAGUUGUUACUUUAAAAAGGGUAUACGUAGACAGGAAAUGACAAUUUUCAGGAAAAGAAGAAAACAUGUUGACAGCAAUGUCGAGGUUUUCAUGCAAAGUUACAAUUUAUCGAUUGCGAGAAGAUACAGUUAUACAGAAGUAAAAAGGAUCACAAACUCAUUUCGAGAUAAAUUAGGCCAUGGAGGAUAUGGUGUUGUGUACAAAGCAAGUUUAACGGAUGGUCGUCAAGUGGCAGUGAAAGUAAUAAACGAGUCAAAAGGAAAUGGGGAAGAGUUCAUAAAUGAAGUUGCUAGCAUCAGUAGAACAUCACACCUGAACAUUGUGUCACUCUUAGGUUUUUGUUAUGAGGUGAAUAAAAGAGCGCUAAUAUAUGAAUACAUGCCCAAAGGAUCCCUGGAUAAGUUCAUCUAUAAGAGUGGAUUUCCUGACGCUGUUUGUGAUUUUGAUUGGAACACUUUGUUCCAAGUUGCUAUCGGCAUUGCUAGAGGUCUCGAGUACUUGCAUCAAGGAUGUAGUUCAAGGAUACUACAUCUUGAUAUCAAACCUCAAAACAUUCUUUUGGAUGAAGACUUUUGUCCAAAAAUAUCUGAUUUUGGACUUGCUAAAAUAUGUCAAAGGAAGGACAGUAUUGUGUCAAUAUUGGGGACACGAGGAACUAUAGGAUAUAUGGCGCCAGAAGUAUUUAGUAGAGCAUUUGGUGGUGUUUCUUACAAAUCUGAUGUAUAUAGUUAUGGCAUGUUGAUUCUUGAAAUGAUUGGAGGAAGGAAGAACUACGACACUGGCGGGUCAUGUACUUCUGAAAUGUACUUUCCAGACUGGAUUUAUAAGGAUCUUGAGCAAGGUAACCAUACUGUUUUAAAUGGGUUGACAAUCUCAACGGAAGAAAAUGAUAUGGUUAGAAAGAUUACUAUGGUGAGUCUAUGGUGCAUUCAAACGAAUCCAUCAGAUAGACCACCAAUGAAUAAAGUAAUAGAAAUGUUGCAAGGACCGCUGUCAUCAGUGUCAUAUCCUCCAAAGCCGGUCUUAUUUUCUCCGGAAAGGCCACCACUACAAUUGUCAUAUAUGUCUUCAUCUGAUUUAUAUGAGACAAAUUCAGUUACAGUGUCAAAAUAACUGUUCUAUCUAUAAAUCAAAUGGAUCAAUUAAUUUGUUGAACUUCAAAAUCCAUUUUUGUACAAAUUAUAGUGAUUUUAGUGGCUAAAUUAUUGGUACUAAACUGGCCACUUACUGUUUUUGUUUCUUUAUAUAUCAAUCUUAUUAUUUCUGUUGUGAAUUCAAGUCA